CUCAUGAGAUAACUAAUCACACGCACUCGGGGUAUCUCGAGGUUUUUAUUCUGGUUGGGACAUUUACAUCCUUAUCUGCAGGUAUAAAUCGCAGCGGAUUAUGCUGGAUAGGUAGCUGCUUCGCUAUACAAGUUGAAACCCUCGUUCACUUUCCAUAUCUCGAACUUCAUGGUGCAUAUAUACUCCACCCUGACGGCUGCGAUGGCGGCAUUCGCGUGCUUCGGAGAGGUCGCCUCUGUGCCUCUUGAGCAGAUGCUGAGAGGCCUGACUCCAAAAGCAAGAAAUGUUUUGAAGCGUGCUACCCCAGUAUUCCCAUAUUUCGUAUUAUACAGUGACGCGUACGUUUCCACUGAACCAACGGUGUCAGAUAUUUUGGGCUUCAAUGUGUUUGCAUUGUCUUUUCUCGAGCAAUAUGGUGCAGCAGAUCAAGCUCAGGAAUGGGAAGAGCUUACAGCAUCCCAACGUUCUUCGAUUCUUUCCGAGUACGAGGCCGCAGGUAUCUCACUCAUUGUGUCCCUUUUCGGGUCCACUGAGACCCCAACUUCAUCGGGAUACGACCCCAUCGAUACUGCGAAUACCAUGGCAGCUUGGGUCAUCGAAUAUGGCCUCCAGGGUGUAGAUAUCGACUAUGAGGAUUUCGCUGCAUUCGACGCUGGUACUGGCUCUGCUGAGCAGUGGCUCGGCAACUUCACCACCCAGCUGCGCACACAGCUUCCUCAGGGCCAAUAUAUAUUGACUCAUGCUCCUGUUGCACCUUGGUUUUCUCCUAAUUAUUGGGGUGGUGGAGGAUACCUCUGGAUAGAUUCUGUGGUCGGUAGUAUGAUUGAUUGGUAUAAUGUGCAGUUUUACAACCAGGGCACAACGGAGUACACAACUUGCGAUGGCCUCCUGUACAACUCCUCAACUACUUGGCCACAAACUGCACUCUUCCAAAUCGCUGAUAGCGGUAUUUCUCUGGACAAGCUUGUGAUUGGCAAGCCUGCUACUGCAGCACAAGCCACCAAUGGGUACAUGGACCCGUCUCUCUUAGCGUCCUGUGUUUCCGAGGCCUAUGCUGCUGGAUGGAAUGCCGGUGUCAUGGUUUGGGAGUAUCCUGACGCUAAUUCCUCAUGGAUCGCGACUGUGCGCGGGGACACCUGGCCAAUGCCAUCCACGACUACGACGUCUGUGACACCGACGAGCACUAGUACCACAACGACGGGCACCGGUACCACAACGACGAGCACCAGUACCACAACGACGAGCACCGGUACCACGACGACGAGUACCAGUACCUCAACACCCGGAACCACUUGCACAGGUGUUGCUGCAUGGACCACUGGUGUGGCUUAUACCGGAGGUGAUGAAGUGACCUACGAUGGGUACCUGUGGACCGCGAGCUGGUGGACGGAGGGACGACACCCCUGGAGGUUCCGCGGGUGUCUGGGUUAACGACGGAGCUUGCACCUCUACAGCCACCGCCCCACCUAAGCAUAGGGCUCUGUUAGCCCCCAUCGUCACACCUGCGCCUGCUUUGUAAAGGCAUUGAUGGGCGCCACCCUACCCUGCUCACCUGCUGCUGCAGGGGCUCCGCGAUAUGAUAUGUAACGUGAUAGAUGAUGAAACGAGAUAUGACGAUAGCGAUGUAUUAUUAUUGUAUUCCAUUCCUGUUUUUAC